AUAAGUAACCUACUAAACAAGUCACAAACAGGUUAAAACUCAAUAGAAGAAAACAGACAUACAAACUUAACUCAAAUAGAGAUAAUCAAAAGGUAUACUUAAAGUGAGAAGACCGCGCAAAGGUUGACUUAUUUAAAAUAAUUUUUCCGCUUUUUAUUGUUAAACUUAUUUUAACUUAUGAGUAGUUCUAAUUAGUUCGAACAUGUUAAAAAAAAUAAGAUUUUUUGAUUUUUACUACCUUUUAAAGUCACAAUUUUCAAAACAACCCUCUUGUAAAUUUAUUUUUUCAAGUAACAACCUUAUAUGACCUAAAUCUCUUUAAAUAUACACCAAUGAACAAAUUUCUUCCAAGUAAACAUUCUUAAACAAGAGUUUAAACCUUAUAUACUUGCUAGUUAAUAAAGGUGGAGGUGGUGAAAUUAUUCUUAAACCUUUUUGAGGAUGUUUUUCUUGACGGAAUCUGUCAAUCGGCAGGAAUUUAAAAAGAUUUAGGUCAUAUAAGGUGUUAUUUGAAAAAGUGAACAAUAUAACGUGGUUAUUUUGAAAAUUUUGAUUUUAUAAAUGGUUAAAAUCAAAAUCUGUGAACUUUAAUAAGUUAUAAUAAGUUCUAAAAAAGUCAAAAUAGUUGAAUAGAAUGCAUCCUUAGACCUUAAUGGUUAUAAAUAUAAGGAUCCAUCGUAGGUUUGAUUUUUUUUGACCUUUAUGCUUCUUUUUGGACUAAUGACCAUUUGGUAAGUAGUUGUAAAUGGUCAUAAUGUUAAUGAUUUCUAGUGGUUUUGUAAGAAAUACUCGUCAUUUUCUAUGGUAAAAAGAAUGUAUCCCCAAAAAUGUGAUAUUUUUUCAAAAAUUUGCAUAAUUGUCCAUUAUGACUCCAAAUUUCAGGUCAAAUGAAGUACUGAAUUCUGUUACAUUAUCUCAUAUUUGAUUGAUUUGGAGAUAUUCGAGAUCCAAUAUGAAACAUCCUUUUGCAUAUGUCUCACAUACUAUGCUCAAAUGAGCAAAAUGUAAAAUGUGCACAUAAUGUGAGGGUAUAAAUAUGGAAGCUUUGGAGCAUUAUGACUCCAAAUUUCAGGUCAAAUGAAGUACUGAGUUUUUAAGAUUUUCCUUGCUCAAGAUGAAAUUUCGUAACUAUGGAAUUAUUAGAACUUCCGAGUGUUAGCAAUACAUUAUUUUCCUCUAUUUUGCUCUUCUUUUUGAAUUUUCUAAUAGAUGUCACUUUGGGAUUACAGAUAUGUGGUUUAAAGGGAAGAAGGAAUUAUUGGUAUAACAUAUCAUCAUAAUAAACACAGAAUAAAAAAACAUGAUAAGAAGAAUCAUUCAGUAAUUGAAUGGAACUCUUAUUCAAAAUAUGGAAUAGAAUUUGGAUCAAAUUUAUAUUGUAAUAUUCAUUUGGAAUUGAAUGAAACACAACUUUUUGUUUCAACUUUGGCUUGGAAUUGGAAUAUAGUAAAAUUAAUUAUGAUGACUAUUGAUUACUCUCCUAUUCAUGGGUUGAUAUCCAAAAGAAAAAGAUUAAAUAAAGAUACUUAAUGGGAUUGAAUGAAAAUGAAGUUUUGUAGUUUAUACAUGGCUAUUAGGAUAGCUUUGUAAAGGCAAGUUAUAUAAGAUAGGUACUUUAUUCUUGUAUUUUUGAGUUUUGCAAAUGCUAUACACGUAUGAGUAGGACUGCGUAGUUUGGAUUAGUUCUGGCUAUUUUUAAUUAGUAAUUAUGAUGACCCUUUCAGUGUAUCAAUUAGAAAAUUGUUUCAAGGACAAAUCUUGAAGAUGUUGUUAUUGCAGGGUUUCUAUCUAACACAGUACAUUAACAUCUUAAAUAUGCAUUACCAUUUUUGGUGUUCAAUCGUACUUCCUUUCCAUUUUAGUUAAAACAGUACUCACUUGUACCUGGCAUUUCCCUGAAAUUUCAGGUAUCCAACUUUUUUGAGGUGUGCAAAGUUUCUGGAAAGUGGAACAAUUAUUUCUCCAUUGGGAAGAAUAUGUGUUUUUGUUUAUAUUAUUUUCGAAAGGGGUGGUGCCAUGAUUUCUCUUUAUAGAAACAAUAUGCUCCUACAUAUUUACUUCAUUGGUUAUAAUUAUUUUCCUCAGUAAGAUGGGCAUAAUCAUAGACUGUCGAUAGAUGUGAAUUUAUGCCAGUAUCUCCCACAACAUUAUCAAAAUUAUGUUGGCCCUGUAAAGAUUCUUCGACCUUCCAAUGCUAGAAGACUUGACUUUAAAAUGUUAUAUUACUUUGGCAGCCUAUAUUCCCUGUGUAUCAUAUCUGUAUUUUUAUAUUACUACUUCUUUUGUUACUAUUAUUUAAAUGUUCAUAUUUAUAUAUUGUUUGAUUGAGAUGGGUUGGGAGCACAAUGAAACCUUCUCAAUAUAAUAUUAAGGACCUCAACUCCAUUAGCUAGCUUGUUUAUUUUGUAUAGACUUGUAUUUCCUGCAUAUUGUCAAAGACUAUUGUUCAUUGGCCUUCCUUUAGGAUAUGGUCUUGGUAUAUAAGUUGGCAUAGCUUCUUUUUGAAUUCUUGCAGAAUAACAUAAGGAAGAAUUUUGUGGUACAACCAUUUCUUUCAACUUCGUCAGUGGUGUUGCUUAUCCAUUUGCAAUUUUCUUUUUAAUAAAUAUUGAUUUUGCAUGUGUUCUGCAUAUGGCUCCCUUUUAUAAGUGAAUCACAGGCAUAUGGAAUGAUAUUACACUCUUUUCUGUUAGAUUGAGUGAGUUUAGAGAGAGGAGAUUCUGGUGUUGUUCUUGCUUGAAUAGGUGAUUUCUCUUAGCUCUUUCAAGUCAUUUAUAAAUGAGCAAUCAAAAGAUUGACUUUCAGGAACAAGUUCAACAGAACAAUGGGGUUACAGUGAUUGAUGAUUGUAUGGUGGACCUUGGGAGCCGGGACUCCCAGUUUAUUAGCAUUCGGCAGCCUUGGAACAUGGGUUCUUGCAUGGGAGGAGGAGUAGACACGCAGCCUCAUAACGUGCUGCCUGCGAAUCUUUCAAGCACUGUGAUGAGCCGUUUUGGCUCACCGGUUCCUGGUUUCUCUACAGCAGAACGAUAUGUGGGCCUUCCAUAUGAUCAUCAAAUCAGCAGCCCAACCUUUUCCUCUCAGUGCUCAAAGAAUUAUGAUUUGGAAUAUCGUUCAUAUCCAUGCUCUACAGAAGGAUUCUCUGCUCAGUUAGCUGAACAAGAUGGGGCUGACUUACAACAAUCCAGAAGCGCUGUGCAAACAGCUGCUAGAUCUCUACUUUAUGGUGAUCAGAGUCAAUUUUAUCCUUCUGCAAAAGCCUACGGUAGUCCAUGUGGCAACUACCCAGGAAAUGAGCAUAUACAGCAGCUGAAGAAUAAGUUGCUGGUUGAUUUUGCGAAUUCAGAUGGAAGGAACUACUUGUUUCCUAUAAAUGAGAAACAGGAUUUUAGAAUAUUAGACAAAUCUUAUGAUUCUUCUCUUGGUCAGUUGAGUUUCUCCUCUCAAGGAGAAAAGCAAGGACUCAGACCUCUUGGGGCUGUGCCCUUGAAUUCUGGCAAUUCUUUCUCGUCUGGCGCUUCCAUAUCAAGCAAAACACGAAUUAGAUGGACAACAGAACUCCAUGACAAAUUUGUGGAGUGCGUGCACUGUCUUGGUGGUGCAGACAAGGCAACACCAAAGGCAAUAUUGAAAUUAAUGAACUCUGAUGGAUUAACCAUCUUCCACGUGAAAAGUCAUUUACAGAAAUAUCGAAUUGCAAAAUACAUGCCAAACUCUACUGAAGGAAAACCAGAAAGGAGAAGUAGCUUGAGUGAUGUUGCACAACUUGACAUUAAAGCUGGAGUGCAACUCAAAGAGGCCUUACAACUUCAGCUGGAUGUCCAAAGACGUCUUCAUGAACAAUUAGAGAUUCAACGAAAUUUGCAAUUGAGGAUUGAAGAGCAAGGAAAACAGCUAAAAAUGAUGUUUGAUCAGCAACAGAAGACUAGGCAAACACUUUUUGGAGAUCAAAAUUCAGAUAAUAUGUCUCCAAAUGGCCCCUCUUUUACUCUCGACGAACUUCAAGUUUCAAGUGAAGAAGGUUCAGGAUGUAACAACUUCCAAACUAAGAUUAGUUAGCCUUAAUUAAUCUACAGCAGCCUCAUUAACCCCCUUUUCUUCACCUAUACGGCGCUCCGUACGAAAGCAUUAACAUCCAUGCAUGCAUAUUAUGCUUAAGGCUGACAUUAUUAAUCAAAUCUAGUGAAUUCAAAUUAUAAUGGUAGGAGCUGGAGAAGUAGGGUCGUUCUUCAUAUGAUCAAAGUGGUGAUGACAUGUUUUUUGUGUUGCUGAGUGUAGCUUAGUGCUCAUCUUGUCAUGCCAGCAUAUGUAUUUUGUUUAUCUUCAGUUUUUCCCCAUUUCCUUACUUUUGCUUCAUAAUAGGGUCCUUUUUUUUUAAAUUGCACAGAAACAUAAGUGUGACAUAAGAAGUGUAGAAGUUGUUUUGGAUUUUGGGGGGGAAAUGUGGGUGACAGCCUAUUCUCUUAUUUGAUACAUUAUGGUAUAUCUUCUACAAGUAAAUUUUUUUUCCUGUACAAAAUGAGUGAUGAAGUCAUUAAGGCAUGUAAGGUGUUAUGGAAAUAUAAUAAGAUGCUAUCUUCGCUCA